AUUCGUGAUCCUCCCACUAAUCUUGGUUCAGGAACAUCAUUAGAGAUAUCAUUGGUUAAAGCGUGUACUUAGCUUCACAUAUAUUACUGUAGAGCGUGGAGCUCGAUUUAAAAAGUAUCUAGGCGUGGACGCUUCUUUAAGUGAGAGCGACUAAAAUCAUACAGACUCAGGGCACGGAACAUUCUUUGCCCCACCAAGAAGACCGGGCUGAAUGAUCGUCGAGAAAGUUGCUGCUGCAUUAUCAGCAGUAGUCAUGAAGUCAAUGCGGAGCUUGUCUAACAGUGGUUGAGUGAGCAACAGAUUGUCGUAUCGUGGUUAAAACAUCGGCAAAGACAACUUUUGAAUGUUUCCCAUUGAGUGAUAAUUGGGUUAUGAGAAAUCUACAGUAAAGUCAGUACAGUUACAUGCGUUGGUGCUAUAGUAUCGUUGAAAGGAACCAGGACCUCGAUUAUCAUUGAAAUAACCCAGACGGCGUUAAUCGUAAAUAAUAAAUGACAAACAGCAGCAUUGCGAAUUGACUGCGACUGAUAAAGAUAAAAAAAAUGAUUGAAAAUCGCGAUAACACCGAAAACUAUGACGAACAUUGCUCAGUAAACAUGACUGACAACAAAUAUCUAUUGGAGACAGAAGGAUGUAUUGAAGAGAGGUCUCAAAUUUUAAUCGAAUUUAAUGAUUUGUCUUAUUCGGCUUGCAACAGGAACUAUAGAUGUUCAGAAAAACAUAAACAAAAGCAAAUUCUAUACUCCGUAUCUGGCCACCUUCGACCAGGUAGACUCACAGCUUUAAUCGGUCCUUCCGGUGCCGGGAAAUCGACAUUGUUGAAUAUAAUUUCUGGCUUAAAACAAUCGAACCUCAAAGGGUCCGUCACUGUGAACGGCGCCGAAAGAAAUGUUGAUAUAUUCCGACGGCUGGCGUGUUACAUUCCUCAGGAUUUUGUUCUUCUUCCAUUACUCACUGCUAAGGAAACUUUAUAUAUUGCUGCCUGUUUGAAACUUGGUUUUCCACACACAACCGAGACUCGGAAAUACAUCGUAAACGAGAUUGCAAAUCGACUUGGCUUGUCUUCUUGUCUGCAUACACCGGUUGGCAAACUAAGCGGCGGAGAAAAGAAAAGAUUGUCGUUUGGUGUCGAAUUGAUUACUAAUCCUACAGUGAUGUUAUUGGACGAGCCAACAAGCGGUCUAGACAGUGCAGCAUCGAAACAAGUGAUCGACUUGUUACAUGCUAUGGCUCAAACCGGCCGUACUGUAGUUUGUGCAAUUCAUCAACCAAGCAGCCAAUUGAUGUCAAAAUUUGACGACGUCAUUGUAAUGAAUCAAGGAACAAUUGUGUACUGUGGUCCUCAAAUAGAUAUAUAUGACACAUUCAAAAGAGCUAACUUUGUUUGUCCUCAAUUCUACAAUAUAUCAGAGUACGUACUGGAAGUAGUGAGUGGACAAAGAGGUGGGGAUUUAGAUCAACUCCAUAAGAUUAGCGAGCAAAAUUAUAAGAAUGCUCAAGUGCAAAAUCAGUACUUGAAAAAUAAGAAAGCUGCAAUCAUGUCCGGGCGACUUACUGAAUAUCCUGAAGAAGACGAAGAUGGUAUUCCUAUGCCCGGUCGGUAUUCUGUUUCCAAGUGGAGACAACAGAAGGUUUUAUUGUGUAGAGCGAUAAUCUGCAUAAGUCGAGAUAACACAAUGACAAAAUUGAGAUUAGCCGCGCACGUGAUAGUCGCUUUUCUCUUGGGUCUUGUGUUUCAUAACUUUGGCGAUGAUGCAAGCAAAGCGCAAAGCAAUAUAUCUUGUUUAUUCUUUUUUUUAUUAUUUUUAUUCUUCGCUAAUGCUAUGCCAGCUGUACAAAUGUUUCCCACGGAAGCAGCUGUUUUUCUUCGUGAACAUCUGAACAAUUGGUACUCCUUACAGUCGUACUACAUUUCGAAAGUACUAUCAGAUUUUCCAUUGCAGAUACUUUGUCCCACCUUGUUUCUGCUUAUAUCAUAUUGCAUGACCGGACAACCAUUUGACGUGAAUACAAUGAUGAAAGUUUGGUUAGUGUGUACUUUACUUACGAUUCUCUCUCAAUCAUUUGGAAUAGCUGCUGGAGCGGCUUUUAAUACUCAGGCUGGUACUUUCCUAAUUCCUGCAAUGAAUAUACCUAUGUUCCUCUUUGCUGGAUUUUUUAUAAAACUCAACGAAGUGCCGGAAUACCUUCAGCCAAUUUGUACUGUUAGUUACUUCAGGUACGCCUUUGAAGGUGUCUUAGAAGCAAUCUAUAAUGAUGAUCGACCGCCAUUACAAUGUCCUACGAGAGAACCCUGUUUUAUUAUAUCAUCGCAACAAAUUUUAAAGUAUCUGAAUAUGCAGUCAAGUCAAUUUUAUGUAAUUGUUCUUGCACUGUGUGCAUGGAUUUUAUGUCUGCAUGUCUGUAUCUAUACCGUUCUGCGACUGAAGUUGUACGUUGCAACUAAAUAAACAGUACAACUUCUUUUACUUAU